AUGGAGCCUGGGGGUGCUGAGCCUGCGGGUGCGGAGCUUGAGGGUGUGGAGCUUGGUGGUGCUGAGCCUGAGUGUGAGGGGUCUGGGGGUGCUGAGCUUGGCGGUACUGACGCUGGAGGUUCUGGAGCUACUGAGGGUGCUGGCGCUGGAGGUUCGGGAGCUGCUGGAGGGCCUAGUACUGGUGGCGCUGGAGCUGGAGGUUCUGGAGCUGCUGAGGGUGCUCGCGCUGGAGGUUCUGGAGCCGCUGGAGGUACUGGUGCUGAGGGUACUGACACCGGAGGUUCUGGAGCCGUUGGGGGUGCGGGCGCUGAGGGUUCUGAGUCUGCUGUUGCGCGGUCUCCUUGGAGUAGCUGCCUUCGUCCACGUGUGCCUCUCACCCCACAGCAGCUGCAGGACUGGUACGGUCGCCGUCAGCGUCGCGCUGCUGGAGCUAGGAGUGGUGCUGGUCCUUUGUCUACUGGAGGUGCUGGAGUCGCUGGUUCUGGAGGUGCUCGUACUGGAGACACUGAGGCUGGAGACCCUGGGACUGGAGGUGCUGGCUCUGGGGGUGCUGCUGCUGGAGAUACUGAGGCUGGAGACCCUGGGACUGGAGGUGCUGGUUCUGGGGGUGCUGCUGCUGGAGACACAGAGGUUGGAGACCCUGGGACUGGAGGUGUCGGCUCUGGGACUGGAGCUUCUGGAGCUGCUGGAGGUACUGGAGCUGCUGGAGGUACUGGAGCUGCUGGAGGCACUGGAGCUGCUGGAGCUGCCGGUCCUGACUGGUAG